AUGAAAACCGUACUGUCGAUUACAGUGGUAAUAGUUGCUUUGUUUUGUGAAUACUCGACAAAUGUAUGGAGCACUGCCCGCUUCAGUUACGGUAAACAUGGUAACAAAACACUCGGAGACAUCCUCGGAACCGAACCGAUCCAUAGCAAUUUGGAGCCGUUGGUGCAGGUUGAAGCUUCAAAACCUAGGAUUGAGGUUCUUGAGCAUGGAACCGAUAAGCUUAAGGAAGCCUCCUUAAAAUCUGGCGCUUCUGAGCAAGAAUUCGUGUACAGUCUAACCAUUCCCAGAGGGCGUUACCAAAAGUGGUCUAACUGGUCCAAAUGUGAUCCAAUUGCUUGUGUCCAGAGUCGACGCCGUGAAUGUGUUGACGAAUCUUGGAAUCGAUCCGACGUCAAUAGAUCAGGUGCAAGACGGUGUCCUAGUAGAUAUUACGAAAUGACGCGCAAAUGUAAGAAUAAGAAAACGUGUAUAACAUAUGGUAUGCUUGAAAACUGUGGAAUCCGAAUCGCGAACGAAGACACUGGCUCAGACACUACUGGAGAUGAAAGAACAACACCGAAUUCGUGGCCAUGGCUGGUGAGUUUGUGCUGA